ACCAUUUCCUCCAAUCAUUCUCCUCUGUGGUUCCCUUGGACCUUCUUGCUGAGUGGACCCCACUCCUCUCUCCUCAAAGGCAACAAAGUAUCUCUCCUUUCUGAACAUAUACCGGCGGAAGAGGAGGAAGGAAGUGAAAGAGUAGAAGAAAACUCUUCCUCUGCUUCUACGGAACUGGUAUUCAUUUAUUUUAUUUUAUUUUGUUUUUUUUCACUGUUUUUUCUGCAGGAAAUAAUUUGAAUGGAGCAGCCUUCAAAAAAUUUCAUCAACGGUCCUCCUAAAGUUCCUCUAAUGAGCUCUCAAUAUAAGGAGGAGAAAACUGCUUGGGGACUUCCUAGAAGAAUGGAUAUGUAUCAUACACCAAGUGUUGCCAGCUUAUUUUCUACUUCACUGCCUAUCCUUCCUCAUGAGAAAUUUAACCUUAAUGAUGAUAACUUUCCAAGUCUUAGCAAACUACGACUAACGAAUGAAUUAAAGGACCCAGCUGAAGGUAUUGAACCAAACGCGAUAGGAAGCUUUCUCCCGGGUGAUGAGAACGAACUCUUGGCUGGUCUCGUUGAUGAUUUUGAUUUCAGUGGUUUGCCAACUCAGCUCGAGGAUUUGGAUGAUGAUUUUUUUGGGAGCGGAGGGGGUCUAGAAAUUGAACCAGAGAGCCGGGAGAAUAUGGUCAACGACUUAUCGAGGUUAAGUGUUGCUGACAGUUUUAGUGGCAACAGCAUUUCUCAUUAUGGUUUUAUGAAUGGUUUGGGGCCAGUUAGCGGCGAACAUCCAUAUGGGGAGCACCCCUCAAGGACGCUGUUUGUUCGUAAUAUCAACAGUAAUGUGGAAGACUCUGAACUCAGGUCUCUUUUCGAGCAAUAUGGAGAUAUCAGAACUCUUUACACUGCAUGUAAGCACAGGGGAUUUGUAAUGAUAUCUUACUAUGACAUCCGAGCUGCUCGAACUGCAAUGCGUGCAUUGCAAAAUAAGCCCUUGAGAAGAAGAAAGCUUGAUAUUCAUUUUUCGAUUCCGAAGGACAACCCAUCCGAAAAGGAUAUUAAUCAAGGAACUUUGGUGGUCUUCAAUUUGGAUGCUUCUGUAUCUAAUGAUGAUCUUCGUCAAAUAUUUGGAACUUAUGGAGAAAUUAAGGAGAUAAGGGAAACACCACAUAAACAGCACCAUAAAUUCAUCGAGUUUUAUGAUGUUAGAGCUGCAGAGGCAGCUCUCAAGGCUUUAAAUAGAAGUGAUAUAGCUGGGAAGCGCAUAAAGCUUGAACCUAGCCGGCCAGGUGGGGCCCGUCGGAGCUUGCUGCUGCAACUGAGUCAAGAGCAAGAGCCAGAUGAAGCUCGAGCUCUACGCCAUCAAGUUGGCUCCCCUGUAGCCAACUCUCCUCCUGACAUUCUAAUUGAUGGUAGCUGGCAUAAUUUUGGCAGUCCAGUCGAGCAGAACUCGUUGCAUGGUUAUUCCCAGACGCCUAAUUUAGCACUCAGCCCUGUAGGAAGCAAUCACUUGCCCGGUUUAGCCUCUAUUCUUCCUUCUCACAUACCGAGUCACUUGAAGAUGGCUAAUAUGAAUCAUGGGCUGGCCCAUUUUUCAGUUCCCAGUCCCACUUUGAGCUCAAGCCCACGACCCAUCUCGUUGUUUAGUGAUUCGAAUCCGUCGAGCGUUGGAACACUUUCUGGUCCGCAGUUCUUAUGGGGCAGUCCCUCUGUUCCUUCAGACCAAACUAAUUCAUCCAGGGGACAGAGAUUAAUCGGUUUUCCUUACACUACUCAGCAAAGCUCGAUUCUUGGUUCUCAUCAUCAUCAAGUAGGGUCAGCUCCAUCGGGUGUUCGGAUGGAAAGAAAUUUUGGAUUUUUCCCAGGGUCACCUGAAACAUCUUUCGCAAACCAGAAAAAUUUUGGAGUUGCGAAUUUCGGUCACAGCAAAACAAACUUGGGAGUUGCUUUUGCCGGGAGCUUUGGUGAAAGCGGUUCUCCUAGCUCUCGAAUGAUGCCGGUUUUGAGAAAUGGGCCUUUGUACUUUGGGAGUGGCUCGUUUGGGAGCAUGGGUGAUGGGUUACUUGACCGUGGUCGAGUUAGAAGGAGUGACGGUGGAGUUCAGACGGAUAACAAGAAGCAGUAUCAACUUGAUUUGGAGAAGAUUGCGAAUGGGGAAGAUAGUAGGACUACUUUGAUGAUUAAGAACAUCCCAAACAAGUACACUUCGAUGAUGCUGCUUGUGGCUAUUGAUGAAACUCACAAGGGAACAUAUGAUUUUCUGUAUUUACCUAUAGACUUUAAGAAUAAGUGCAAUGUUGGGUACGCCUUCAUCAACAUGGUGUCGCCUUCUCACAUCGUCACCUUUUAUGAGGCAUUUAACGGGAAGAAGUGGGAGAAGUUCAAUAGUGAGAAAGUUGCUUCAUUGGCGUAUGCGAGAAUCCAGGGAAAAAAUGCCCUUAUUUCCCAUUUUCAGAAUUCGAGUUUAAUGAAUGAGGACAAACGAUGCCGACCAAUUGUAUUCCGAUCAGAGGGCCAAGAGACUGGCGAUCUGGAACCUUUCCCAUCUGGAAAUCUGAACAUAUUUAUCCGCCAGCCGGAUGGCUCCUAUGCAGGAGAUUCUCUCGACAGCCCAACUGGUGAACCAGAUGAGAUGUGCUGAGAAAUAUGUAUAUUUUGCUAACAGUUCUUAUUUGUUUUGUUUGUGUUAAUGUCCCCAUUUUCUUUCUUCUUAUUAUGAUUAUUUUGUAUUUGGGGCCUAAUUGUGAAGUUCAAUUCCAGCAAAUGUAUAGUAGUUUCUAGAGGUGGAUGAAGAUGGGAAAUGUUGUAUAGAUGGGUUGCUUCCUGGAAGUGUAUAAGAUGGUAUUGUCUGAAAGUUCCAUUUUUAUUUUUUAUUUUUGGCCAAAUUGUGAGUUACUGCCUUCCACUUUUUGACAAUCUUUGCUGGAACUUUUGGAUAAUUGCAAACGAAGACGGAAAUGAAAUUCUAUCAGGAA